AUACAUCCUAUUUACCUCGGGAGACUGAGGAGACUCGUCAGUUUAACUCUGAGUAUUAAAACUAAUGGACCUUUAAUUUGUUUUUGUUUUUUUGUUGUUGUUUGUUUGUUUGUUUUUUGUUUGUUUGUUUCCUGAUAGUUUGCUUUCAUGUUAUUUGUCAGUGCAUCUCUGGAACUCCGUCGUGAAGAAGAGCUGGACAACGCGGUAAUUCAACAUGAGUUAUAGGUCGUAUGAAGGUAAGUACCACGGCUUGAUCAACCAAGGAGCAACAUGUUAUCUGAACAGUGUGCUGCAGGUGCUGUUCAUGACCAAAGACUUCAAAAAAGCGGUACAAAGCGAUGCUUGUGGAAAUCAUAUUGAUGUUCAGCUUGCGUCCUUGUUCAAACGCUUAAAGACACAAACAGCAGAAACAGUUGAAGUUACAGAGAAGCUGGGCAUCCACAAAGUGUGUGAACAGCGUGAUGCUGCUGAGCACUUUGAGAAGAUUUUAACACUCACCAGUGAUGAAGCUGCAGAGGUCUUUCGAGGAAAGUUGACACACAAAACGACUUGUUCUGAUUGUCGUAUAAAAACUGAUGAAGAUGCAGCUUUUUGGGAUCUUCCUCUUGCGUUAGUGAAUCCUCACGGUGAAGAAUACAGUGUGGAGGACGGCAUUCGAGAGUUCUUCAGGGAUUCAGAUUUCAGUGGAGAAAACCAGAUGUACUGUGACGAAUGUCGUACCAAAUGUGAUGCUACUGCUACAUGUGUGAUAAAACAUCAUCCAGAGGUCCUGAUGUUGCUGCUGAAGAGGUUUGAGUUCAGCUACCAACAGAUGUCAUUUGUCAAAAACAGUUGUGCUGUGGAUGUUCCCUCCACCCUGAAGAUACCAGAGAAUCAGAUGUAUGAGCUGUAUGCGUUCGUGGAGCAUUUUGGAAAUCUGAAAAGUGGACAUUAUACUGCAACAAUCAAGGAUGAUGAAGAGGACAGAUGGUACUGCUUCAAUGACUCUAGUGUCACAUCACUCAAUAAUCAGCCUUUCCGAAGACAAAAAACUGAGAAAACUAGGACUGCUUACCUCCUGUUUUACAAAAAGAAACAUACUGGGAUCCAGGACAUCCAAGCGUCCAACUAUGAGGGUCUCCCAUUCAACACUAAUAAGAAUUAUGAACAGCGUCGCGAUAGUAACAAGAGCGCUGGUGAGGAAAAUGCUGUAAAAAGUAAGGGAUCACAUAAGAAACCCUCUAGUUUUGAUGCCAGAAAACAAGGGAAAGAUAAGAGAAAGAAGGAUGAAGAUGAUGAUGAGGGUAUGGGAGGAAAAGCAGAAGCUAAUGACCAGACAGAAAGGAACAAACAUGAGGCGUUCGUUCCAAAGAAGAAAAAAAUGGAGGGACAUGAAGAGAUUCAAGAAAAGAAAGAAAAGACUGAAGCUGACAGAUUUCAAUCAAGAACCGAUAAGCAGUUGGAAAAACAUGAUUCUCUUAAACGUGAAAAGGAUGAGAAACAUGUUAGUGUUAAACAGGACUUACCAAAUAAACAUGAGCAGCAGGGAGACAGAAAGACGAAUGUUCAGAAAAACAAUGAACAAAUGACAGGGGUGAAUAAGCAUCCGCUAAGAGAUGGAGCUCAUGGCAAGCAGAACAGACCAAACCAAACCCAGGAUGAUGAUAGAGAAGACAAGACAAACAGAAGACGUACAACACAUGAUAAACAGCCUGAGAGACAAAAGCAAAAUGAGGCUAAAAAGAGGGAUGAUGAUGAGGAAAGCAUGGGAGGAAAAGCAGAAGGAAUUGACCAAGCAAAAAGGAAAAAAGAUGAGAUGAGCCCUGAGAAGAAGAGAAAAAUUAAGGUAAAAACAGACAAUGAUAGAAAGACUGGACAAAGGGAAGAGGGACAUGAGGCUAAGAUUAAAGACACAAAAGAAAAGACUGAAGCUGGAAGAAAGGAAGCAAAAACUGAAAAGCAUUUGGUAAGAUAAGAAAAUGGUUGCAUUUGAAUCACAAAAGGAUAUCACUGUGCAGAAACCAUUCAAAUAUCAGAGAAAUAAAGAGGAUAAUAAACAUGAUCAGAUCGAUGAGGAGCCUUUUCCUACACAAGCAGAAUCAGGAGAAAUGGGACAGGGAGCGGGUAGUGAUGAAAAGAGGGUCAAAGGGAGUUUUAAAAGUAAAAAAAAAAACAAGACUUAUAAAGUUGUGGGAGGGGAUUAAGCCUAAAUCAAAACAAAGUGCAGAGCAGAGGAAGGGUGGAGCUGGGGCAGAUUUCACCGAGCAAUAUGAGAGUGGAGAUGAAGAAAUGGAAGAAACUCCUAAAUGUUUUUGUCUUUUCACGAAUAUAGGGAAGAACAAAAAAAUAAAAAAACAAAAAAAACAAAAAAGGCAAAUGAGUAAUUAAGUCAUUUGUUUAAAAAGCAUGUAUUUUUUGAUGAACCAGAGUUAUUUAAAAAAUAUGUCGACUGAAACUCAUCAAUACUGUGAUAAUUGAAAACAAUCUAAUAGAAAUUUCAUUAAUAUUCUUCUAAACUGGUUCCACAUUAACAUCCUGAUGGAAAUAAAGAAACCAGAUGAAUUAUACUCAGUUGGAGACAUUUUUACUUUAAAAUGACCUUCUACACUCAGUUAAUUAACUGUUUGGGGUAAAUUGUGAAUCUUAUCAGGUUUAACUGGUGUGUAAUUACACCAAAUAUCUUUUUCCUUUGGUUUAUGAAUUAAUAAGCAUUUGUCAGUAAAACAGACUUUUUCUGUGAAAUGAAACACUUCAAAGCUAUUUUCUGUUUAAAUAUUCUAGAUGUGAGAUUGUUUUAUCAUUUUUAGUUUUCUUAUAUCGAAGUGCUGAUGUAUCGACGGAUUUUUAUAAAGUAACAGACUUAAUUGAAAACAGAGAGGAAAAGAGAAAACUGGGGAAAUUGGAGAAUAUAUUUUGAUUAGAAUUUCUUACAGAAUGAAAUUUAAUUAAAAAUUAGAAAACAGUUGUGUCAGAAAAUAAGAUUUAAAUUAAGUCCUAUUGAUAUUUGUUUUACUUGUUAUUAUUACAGUCUGUUUUUUGCUCUGUUGGGUAUUAACUCUGUUGGAACUUAUAUGUUGGAGAGAAAACUCCAGUGUUCAUGCAGGUUGUGGUUUAACUGUUUGCCAAGAAGUAUACAGCACUUGUA